AGACCAAAAGAUUGCUCAGUGGAGGAAGGUUGUGUGGGCAAAAGCGGAGCCAUGUGUUGCACUGGUUCGACCAAAACAAGACUCUAAACAGUCCAACAAACAUUCGCAACGUCAACGUAACCUAGUGAAUUUCGGAAACGUGAUUUAGCCCGCAUAAGUGUUGUUGGAUUUCGACACGACGACUUGAUCAGCCAGACAUUUAUUUUCAUAGAGGGAAAAGGCCGAAAAAUGACUACUGCCCCGAAAGGGGGACUGGGCAAUGGACAGUCGAGUAUGGCUGGAGGCGGCAUAUUCGACCCUUCCGUUCUCUUCGAUUUGGAUGACAUUCUUAUGGCCGGAGAUUGUAGCAAUGACACGCAGAGCUCGUUGGUUCAUACACCGAUUAAAGAAGAACCAGAAUACGACCACGAUGACCACAGAUAUGUCCACUCUCCGAUCGGUUUGCCUAUACCAAAUCGGAAUGGAGGCAUCGGGAUGCUGGGCUACACAUCCAUCAAGCAAGAAGUGGGAAAUAGCAGCAGUCCCGCGGGAGGUAUGUGGGGAGCUCCAUCUCAAAUGCAACGGACUGUGAACAAUAUUCCGUUUCCCGUUACGCCCUUCAACACACCAUCCCAGGGCCCGUCGGUUUUUAUGGGCCCUGAUUUAAGAAACUUUUUUCUCUCUGGCACCGACAGUCAUCACCACCAUCUCAAUUCCGUUAGUAACCCGACACUCUCCGUGUCAAUCAAAGAAGAGCUGACGGAUCUAGAAACAGACUUGGAGACGAUGAAAGCUAUUUCCAUGUUCCCAAUGGAGGAGGAUGACAUCUUCCAAGUGGACAAAGCUGAUCUAAUCCAAGGUCCGACUCUGGCUGAAUUGAACGCCAAUGACGAGUCCUUGUUGACCGAUUUUAAUUUCGACGACUUUGUCAUGCCUACGCAGAUAACAGGAAAAUACAUCAAACCAUUUAAUGGAUCAGAUAAUGUGAAUGCUGAUCGAUUCCGAAUGGCGGAACUGAAUGCGGCUUUCUCUGCUUCGCCGAGCCUGUCCCAUUUUGAAUUAAACAGAACAAGAAAUGUUAUGGCAGGCAUGGCAAGCGAAGACGAUUACUCUCAGCUGGGGGCAUCUCAAAUGGGUUUCGACUUAGAGCAGCUACCAUCGGUAGACAUGCCAUUUCCCAGUUCAGGAACACCUUUCUCGUUGACUGGCAUAGAGAACAAUGCUGGUAUGAGUUCCACAACCGUCACCAGCCCACUUUCGGCUAGCCUUCCGGCCAAUUUCGGUCACGUCACUUUGUCCAAACUAACCCGACGUACCGAGGAGGGUGGCAGAGUCAAACCGCCUCCUCCCUACCCGACCUCUCCUCCUCAGAAGAACACUAACAAUAGUGCCCUCCAAGAACUAUUGUCUGUUCGUUCACCUGGUCGGCUACCUUCUCCUAAUGCUGCAGGAGGAAGCCAUUCUCCAUCGCCGACUGCCCAGCGUCCAACAUAUUCAGGAGGAGCUCGUCAAAGGACUUCAAAUAGUGGAUCUUCUUCUUCUGGAGGUGGCGGAGGUCAAAGCAUCCCCAGAUCGCCCAACUUGGCUGCAACCAAUCCAUUACUCCUGGCCCGACUCUCCAGUUCUGCCCCUGGUCCGUCCAUUCUUGGUGGCAACGCACCGCCGGGAGAGUCGAGCACCUGGCAGCGACGAGAGCCCCGCAACCGGCUUUUCUCUACCAGCUCUUUGGUUGAGGAAGUCCAUGGUUCCGCAUCUUCCAUUUCGACCGUUGGCAUACUGAGUCCUGGUUCCUUUGAUUUUUCUCACGAUGAAGGAUUCGAUUCGGAAGACGAUUCGGAUCAUUACGAAGACUUUGACGACUCGGAUUCAGAUUCAGGCGGCAGUGACGAAGAAAGUCGAGGUGAAGCCCGGGCCGGAUCUUCAUCGGGAAAAAAGGAGCGCUUCUUCUGGCAGUACAACGUUCAAGCCAAAGGACCCAAAGGACAUAAAAUCAGCCUGGCUCCGGAAACGGUCGACCCGCAUGUUCUAAACAAAGUUCAAGAUCCCGUCUUCAGUCCAUAUUGUUCAGUCGAUGGUAUCAAGCAUAGUGGGAAAGCCAGACGGGGAGAUGGCAACGAUUUGACGCCCAAUCCACGAAAACUUCACAGCAUUGGCCGCGAACUGGACAAACUCAAUCGGCUCAUCAAUGACAUGACGCCCGUCAGUGAGCUUCCCAUGGCUGUCCGGCCCAAGUCAAGAAAGGAAAAGAAUAAACUUGCUUCCAGGGCCUGCCGUUUGAAGAAGAAGGCACAGCAUGAGGCCAAUAAAGUUAAACUAUACGGACUGGAACAAGAACACCGGAAGUUGAUGGCAGCUAUAUCCCAAACUAAAUUGAUGAUUGCUGCUAAAUAUGAUGUCAUGGCCGUGGCACAAAACCCGUCUUCUACCCCACAACAGGGUCAGGAUGCUUCCGCGCGGUUGGAACGCAUCGCCAAAAGUCUUACAAAAGUAAAAAUUGCUGGCCAUUCAACCGACUUUGUGAAUCGUGUUUUGGAAAGAGUCAAAGCCGGUGAGCCGUCCGGAGGACUGGACGAGAUCUAAAAGUUUUGAAAACCAGAAAUUCAUUGUAGUCGUUAUCAAUUGGGAUGAUAAGAUCGAGACCGAAAAAAGGGAAGAAAAAAAGGAAUUAAAGAAACAGAGAUUUCAUUUGCCUUGGAUGCGGGGACGAAUUAAAUCAUCAGAUGGCUCGCGAAGAAAGUCCAGAUGUUACCGUUCUAAUUUGGUUAUAUAUAUAUAACUGUAUCAGCUUUUCGAUUGGUAUAUAUUGUUUACACUAUAGCUUUACAUAUUGAUACGGACAUAUACAUUCAGCUAUGUAUAUAUGUAUAUCAAUGGUAAGUGUUUUUAUGUAAUCGUCGGUGGCUGCGUCACGGAAUUAGAAGUCCGAUCAAUGGCGUGCCAAGUCAUGAUAGGACGUCCGGAGGGGAAGGUACUGAAAUAGUAGUGCACUUUGUCACAGAAAUAUACAGUGGCUUUUCUCCUCUCGUUUUUCUUUUUGCCAUUAUCUAUCAUGCUAUGUAAUGGCGACAACAAAAAUCUAGAUCCCGAUUUGUUGGUUUUGUUUGCAAUUGUAAACAAUGAACAGUACCUUUAUUGCUGAAAUUGUGAAGCGGAAAUUGUAGAUCAGAUCUAUAAAAGAAAUACAAUUAUCAUUUGGUUUAAACCAGA